AUGGUUUAAAAGUAGAUUUAGUUUGCAAACUUUUGCUUUGCUGUUAAAAGUUUGGGAUCAAGGUUGAGAAAAUUUGUGGUUUUUUACAUCAGUUGAACCAUUUUAACAUUUUUUCCCUGUGAUUUUGAUAUAUUUGCUAUCUUGUUUUAGCCAAUGCUCCAAAUUUUUUCUUUUGGCUUGGAUAAUGGACUAUUUUUAAGUAAUGAAACUGUCAUACUGGACAUUCAUGGACAAUGCUGCUGACUAAUUGUUGCUUCUCUUACACACAUUGGAACCCUAAAAAAAGACUGUCUCCUAAGACUACACCCUAACAUUUGUGCCACCAUAGAUAUGGUGGAAUAAAAAUUAAAAGGGGGGAUUGCAACAGGGUGGUCCCCAGGAAAGGGGGAGGUUCCCUGCCCCACCCAAGGGAGGGUGGAGCUGAGCAGCAAGAGAAGAAGCUGCAGGAAGAGACGGAGGAAGGAAGCAGGAUGGAGCCAGGAGACCUGGAGGAGGCGCAUGGAGCCUAGAGACACGUGAAGAAACUGCGCUUGUCUUUUGGUCGUGGACGGGGUGACACAGAUGUGGGUGAGACCCGUGGGGAGGUGACAAUGGCAGCUUUUAUCUUGAUGUUGAUUUUGCUCUUUUCCUUCCGGGCUUGUCUGGUUGUUUGUGACCCAUUUCUGUGGGUCCCCACUGGAAGAUGCUUUAGACUUGUGGCAGGCUUUGGGGCCUUGUUCUGGGCCAAUCCCAUAUGGAUGGACUUUUACCCACGAGGGGAUGGGUAACUUUGGGUGCUUCAUUUAGAAACUAGACUUUUUGCCUUACCUGUGUUGUUCCUAGUUUAAUUAUAGUUCCUUCCCAUUAAAGUCUCAUAUGUUUUGUGUUGAUGCGGCGGAUGGCAGAACCCAUUUAGAAUAGGCAGGUUUGCGGGGCUUGGGCUGCCCCUCUCCCUGUCCUAUAACAGACUGAUGGUUUUUUCUGGAGACAGGCGAGCUCGGAAGAGAAGGAAGGGUAAACAUUCAUCUCAAAGCAGGAGCGCGGUUGUAGCCAGAGCCCUGAGUGGGGGAGCUAAUGGGAAACAGCUUGCUGGAGGGAGGGGGACAGACUCUGGGAGUGGCCCGGGAUGGCUGCAGAAGAAGGGGGCUGGGAGCUAGAAACUGAUUGAGACCAGCUGCUGCUCCUCAGUCUCAGUGGUCUUUGGACUCUGCCAGGGACUUAGACUCUGCCCUGGGCAGCCUCACACCCUAUUCCUGGAGGCUGGGAGCCAGCAGAGCUGCCUGGGGCAGUCACUGUCUCUGCACUCACCCUGAUGCCCGGAGGGCCUUCAAAUACAAAAGACCAGAAGCAACUCUCCACCCACCAGCUGGACACCUCCUCCCCAUCGCCAGCCCCUGUUCCUGGCUGCUGCUGCCCCUGAAAGGUGUGGAGGAAGAGGCCAAGGGAGACAGCCGUGCCCACUCCCCCCCAUCCCUCCAUUCACCCAGCACCGGCAUCUGGACACCCCAUGGCCUGGGCUCGCUGGGGCUGCUGCCCCUGGCUUAUUCUCCUCUGCGCUUGUGCCUGGGGCCACCCAAAGCCAGCAGAACUUGGAGCAGAGGAUGUGAGAAACUGUUCCAUCAGCCCCCCGUACCUUCCAGUUACGGCGGUCAAUACCACAGUCCGGCUCACAGGCCUGCGCCAGCAGAUGCAGAACCAGAAUGUCUCUGCCUACAUCAUCCCCGAGACGGAUGCCCAUAUGAGUGAGUACAUCGGCGACAGUGAGAAGAGGCGUGGAUGGAUGUCAGGCUUCACAGGGUCUGCAGGAACUGCAGUGGUGACCAUGGGGAAAGCAGCUCUCUGGACCGACAGUCGCUACUGGAUCCAGGCUGAGCGGCAGAUGGACUGCAACUGGGAGCUCCAUAAGGAAGUUGGCACCUCUCCUAUCGUCACCUGGAUCCUUGACGAGAUUCCUGCUGGAGGGCGUGUGGGCUUCGACCCCUUCCUCUUCUCCAUUGGUUCCUGGGAGAGUUAUUACAAGGCCCUCCAAGACUCUGGCAGACAGCUGGUGUCCAUCACCACCAACCUCGUGGACCAGGUGUGGGGGUCAGAGAGACCUCCGAUUCCCAGCAAGCCUAUUUAUGCCCUGCAGGAGGAAUUCACAGGGAGCAGGUGGCAGGACAAAGUAGAUGUGGUCCGCAACCAGAUGACUAAGCAUCGCAAGGCCCCAACUGCUGUCCUUCUGUCUGCGCUUGAUGAGACUGCCUGGCUCUUCAACCUUCGGAGCAAGGAUAUUCCCUAUAACCCCUUCUUCUAUUCCUACGCACUGCUCACCCACACCGACAUCAGGCUAUUUGUAAAUAAGAGUCGUUUGAACUCCGAGACCCUGCAGUACCUGAACUCCGCCUGCAAGGAAGCCAUGUGUGUGCAAAUCGAAGAGUACAGCCAGGUCCGUGACACCGUGCAGGCCUACACCACAAGAGACGUGCGGGUCUGGAUCGGGACCAGCUAUACGACGUAUGGUCUCUAUGAAGUAAUCCCCAAGGAGAAGGUCGUUGCAGACACCUACUCCCCAGUGAUGAUGAACAAGGCGGUGAAAAACAGCAAGGAGCAGGCCCUGCUCAGGGCCACCCACGUGCGGGAUGCCGUGGCCGUGAUCCGCUACCUGUUCUGGCUGGAGCAGAACGUGCCCAAAGGCACCGUGAACGAGUUCUCAGGGGCAGAACUGGUGGACAAGUUCCGAGGAGAAGAAAAUUUCACCGAUGGACCCAGUUUUGAAACCAUCUCUGCCAGUGGUCUGAAUGCUGCCCUGGCCCACUACAGCCCAACCAAGGAGCAGAACCGCAAGCUGUCCACAGAUGAGAUGUACCUGCUGGAUUCUGGGGGACAAUACUGGGAUGGAACCACAGACAUCACCAGAACAGUCCACUGGGGUACUCCCUCUUCUUUCCAAAAGGAGGCGUAUACCCGCGUGUUGAUGGGAAACAUUGAUCUGGCCAGACUCAUCUUUCCUGCUGCUACAUCAGGGCGAAUGGUGGAGGCCUUUGCUCGCAGAGCUCUGUGGGACGUUGGGCUCAAUUAUGGUCACGGGACAGGCCAUGGCAUUGGCAACUUCCUGUGUGUGCAUGAGUGGCCAGUGGGAUUCCAGUCGGACAACAUUGCUAUGGCCAAGGGCAUGUUCACUUCUAUUGAACCUGGUUACUAUCAGGAUGGAGAAUUUGGGAUCCGUCUUGAAGACGUGGUACUUGUGGUCGAAGCAAAGACCAAGUACCCAGGUAACUACCUGACCUUUGAAAUGGUGUCCUUGGUGCCCUAUGACCGGAACCUCAUCGAGGUCAGCCUGCUGUCCCCCGAGCAGCUCCAGUACCUGAAUGACUACUACCAGACCAUCCGGAAGAAGUUGGGCCCUGAGCUGCAGCGGCGCCAGCUACAGAAGGAGUUCGAGUGGCUGCAGAAGCAAACGGAGCCCCUGUCCGGAAGAGCCCCGUGCAUCGCCUCCUUGGCCUCGCUGGUGGCUAUCUCCUCUCUUGCCGUUCUUGGUUGGAGCAUCUAGAGGCUCAGGAUGCCCCUGCUGAUCCUCGUUCGGCUCCCCUUACCCUGCACCACCCAGGUCCAAGAGUCCCUGGAAACCAGAGCCCUCAGCGUCUAUCCCCAGAAUCAAGCACUAGGAACACCAGGCUUCAAGGCCCCAGACAGUCACACCCCACGUACCAUGACUUGUACACCCUCCUUUCACUCCCAGCCCUAAAUCUGGGAUAGGAAUACCAGUUCGUGUCUUUCCUCUCUUGAGCUCAGAAGGCCUACCUGAGAACCGGCAGAACCUGCUGCCACUGCUCCGCAUCUCAAAAAGCCCAGUAGGGUGUGCCCGUACCCCCAGGGGCUCCGCGGACCUGGGAAGUCCUGCCCUGUCACCACCCGCUGAAUAUAGCCACAGCUGUUCA